AGUCCAUAUAAUUAUCAUGUCCAUCGCCAACCGUGAUGAGGCCAAGCGAUGCCGGGAUAUUGGAAUGAACGCUUUGAAGAGUGGGGACCGGGAUAAAUGUAUACGUUUUCUGGAGAAGUCCUUACGGAUGUACGAUGAUCCUCAUACUCAUAGCCUCCUGGAGAAGGUACGGACUGAUGGUAAGGACUCUAGUGAUGCCGAGACCUCUACCAAGAGCUCGGAUGCCUCCAAGACUACUACUGCCUCUCCUCCUGGUGUACGACAUAGGAAGGGAGCUGAGCCCACCCGCAGUGGGGAUAAGGCGCGGACUAAUAAGGAUGGGAAGUCAUACACUGAUGACCAGAAUCGUUUAGUGCAGCGUGUUCUGCGGACUCAGGAUUACUAUCAGAUCCUACAGAUAGACAAGAAUGAUGGAUCUAAUGAUGUCGAUGCUAAAGUGAAGAAAGCGUAUCGUAAAUUGGCCCUUAAGCUCCAUCCCGAUAAGAAUAGUGCACCAGGAGCUGAGGAAGCCUUCAAGAAGGUCUCCAAGGCAUUCCAGUGUUUAUCAGAUGAAGGCAAACGUCGUACAUAUGAUCGGACGGGUAGAGACCCCGAGCAAUCAGCAUCCUCUUCGGGAAGCUCUGGGCGACCAGAUGACUUCAUGACAGCUCAGGAUAUUUUUGAUGCAUUCUUUGGCGUACCUCGACAGAACUCACCGUUCUAUGCUCAACAUGCUCAACAUCAUCAACAACAAUACCACCAGAACAAUACCAACAGUUUCAACAUCCUACAGUUUUUGCCCCUAAUCAUGCUACUUGUUGUUACUCUGUUGGCUAACUUCAACACGAAUAGUUCUUAUAGCCAUCAGAGGCCCAAGUUUUCGUUCACUCCAACAAAGUCGUAUACAGUCCAGGAGAGUACUCCAGACAUGCAUAUCCAAUAUUAUGUGCCACCUAGCCAUGCUGCCAAGUACCCUGCAGGCUCUACUGAGCGACAGAGAUUUGAUACCACUGUGGAAACGUCAUAUGUGAAUAAUCUGCUGGCGGAUUGUGAUUUCGAGGAGCGAAGCAUGGUGCGGAACAUCCAGCUAGCCAAGCGCCACCGUUCAGUGGAACAAUUAGAGCAAGCUAAGAAUACACCCCGUCCAUCAUGCGAUAAACUGAAUCGAUUGAAGGAGAAGUAUCCUCGACAGUAUAGACAGAGUGUUCAGUACUGGUAUUGAUUCUGCUAGCAUUCUCUUCUAUUAUCGCAUUAUCCACCAAAGCUGCAUCAUUUGUAAAUA